GGAUUACAAAUUCCGACCUCCCCUUCGUCACGAACGCGAAGAAGCUGCAGCAAGAAGAGGAGGAACGUAGAUGAGAAAGGGGAGGGGGUAAACACUCCCAGACGGGAAAGAGCCAUGUCUCAUAAGGUCCUCGCACUGAGACGAAAGAAGGAAUAACAAAGCCACAGAAAGAGAGGAGGGUGAAAGCGAAUACAUGCAAAUGAGGAGCUACAUCAGUAGUUGCAGACACAAAUGCAUUGUGUGUGUGUUUUGUUUCAGGCAUUGCACUGUGACUGGUGCUGCUGAGCACCAAUCUCUCUUCUGUCUGUGAUCCCCCCCCCACCCCCCCCCACCCCCCCGCAGCCUGGCCCCAUCGAGCCAGGCGAGGACGGAAGGAGGCUUUCCAGGGCUUUUUGAUUUGGGAUUUGUAUGAAUAUGAGAGGAUUUGGACCACGUCGCCGCCACAGCCGUCACUGUUCUUUUCCAAAGCGCGUGUGAAACGUGGAGAUUCAUCCGGUUUGCCUCGCUCCCCUCCCUGCGUGGCUGUUAUGGUCCUGACUGAGAAUCAGGGCAUCACCCGGACGUGGGGCUCCGGCUGACCGCAGCAAGCACACUUCAGUCAUGGGGGCCAAACAGAUGAAAUGCCUCAGCUCAGCCAGCCCUGUGCGCUCCCCCAAAGAGGAAUAUGCGGUCACCCGCACCAGCGACACGCCCGGACAGGAAACCAUCCGCCAUCAGCCUGAGGAGCAGCAGGCAGGACUAGGCCAUGACAAAUCAGAGCUGACGGACAAGAAUCAGCUCACAGAGGAGGUGUCUUUCUGUGGGCUGUGCCCCUCCCUUGGGCAUGAUGUGCCAGAGGAAGAGAAGUCCUGGGAGGAGCAGCUGGACAUCCACCAGGAGCAGCUGGAGAAGGAAAUGCAUGAGGCCAGGAGGAUGGUGUUACGCCUCCAGGCUUUGCUCCUCAAUGGCUCACUCCCAGAGGAUGACCCGAGUGGAUCUGUGAGCUUCGGAGACAACAGGGCAAACGGCGAGCAGCAGCUGGUUCUCACGCGCAGCCGCCUGGACCAAAGCGUGGAUGAGGCCCUUGAUCUCAAACGGGAACUCCUGAGACACAAACAGGAGGUGCGCCAUAUUCAGGCCAUCAAGGAUGCCCUGCAGCAGCGACUGUCUUUGCAGGAGGAUGCUGUGCUCCAGCUAAAGCAGGAGCUACUGAGGAGCAACAUGGCCAAAGAUCAACUGGAAGGGGAAAAUAUGGUGCUCAAAAACAAGCUCAGCGAACGCAACACAUUGCUCGGCGAGUAUGAGCAGCAACUCGGGAGGAAGGACAGGAUGCUUCAGCAGCAAAAGCACGACGAAGCUCAGCACAAAGCGCAUGAUGUUAGCCACAAUCGGUCAUUCAGGAGUGAAGGUGGUUACAGGAGCUCUCCUCCAGUAUUCCAGCACAGUGCACCCGGUGAGGAGUUGCAGCUGGUGAGGGAAGCCCUGCGUAGUUUGAGAGACAACUUCUCCGGCCACGACCCACAGCAUCACACCCUGGACACCCUUGAGCAGGGCGUGUCAAGCCUCAUGGACCGCCUGCACUCAGAAGCCCAGCGACGGCAGAACCGAGGGGAAUUUAAAUCGCCGGGUCGCAGAGCCAACUCUUCAGACCGAGACUCAUGGCCACCGAGCUCAAAAAUGGCACACUCUCACAGCAGUCCAGGAUUGGAUGGCAUCGUGUCCACUAAAGUGCUGUACUACACUGAUCGCUCCCUCACCCCUUUCCUCAUUAACAUACCCAAACGGCUGGGCAAGGUGACGCUGCGAGACUUCAAGGCCGCUGUGGACCGGCAAGGCAGCUUCAGAUAUCACUUCAAAGCGCUCGACCCGGAGUUUGGCACCGUGAAAGAGGAGGUAUUCCAGGAUGGCGCGGUGGUACCGGGCUGGGAAGGGAAGAUUGUAGCAUGGGUGGAGGAAGACCAUGGGGAGAGGAGGUAGAAGUGCCCCCCCCAAAAAAAAAAUAAAUAAAAUAAAACUCAGUUGUGUUCACUGGCACAGAACUUGACUGAACACUUGGGACCAAUGGACUGAAAUAAGAUUGAAUUAUUUCAUGUCAAGCAAUCCUUGUUAGACACUGUUUACAUCUCUUAAAUGUGGACAUGAAAUUAGUUAUUUUGAUAGCAAUGGUCCCUAAAAUUUUUAAUUAAAUUAAAUGCAGUAUUAAGACGGAAUGGAUCUUCACUGCCAUUUUCCACAAGUUCCACAUUGCCAAAUCGUGGAUGUUUGCCACUCGUCUCUUUCAGUGUUUUAAUAAACAUUAUCGCAUGGACAA